UUUUCUACUCCUAUCAUCAAAAUGUCAGAUUCGGAGAGUUCAGAAAACGCCGAGUUGGUUUCUACCAUCAAAGAUCAGCACCGAGCUAAUCGCAUCCCAGGGUCGACCAGCAGCAACGAUGCGCUUCAUAUCUCGCUCUACCGCGGCAACAAGGUCGUAUCAGACUUCGCACCGGCUCACACAUAUCCGAUAUUUGGCGAGGAAGAGGUUGUCUUUGGUUACCAAGGACUGGACAUGUCGCUGUCGCUGGCCGCACACAAUCUGAGACCACACAUGGACAUCUCCUGGACUGAACAAUUCGCUCAGCUCGGCGACGUCAAAGCAUCUGAUAUCCGCGGAGCCCUCGAAGACUUCAUUCCCCAAUCUGCCUUUACAAAAUCACGAACCGAAGCUCUCGCAGAUCCGGACGCUGCUUUGUUCAGACCUCCAGGCAGACGCCUGCACGGCUACACACAUGAAGGCUACAAGUUCGAGAUCUGGAAGGCUUCUCUAGCCGACGAGGGCGCUCGAGAAAUCAUGGAGAACGCCCAGAUCCUGGUACCUAUGUUCAUCGAAGGCGGUACUAUUCUUGAGCUCGACGAGCCUUGGGUUGCAAAUCGCUGGACGCUUUUUAUGCUCUACCAGGUCGAUCAGAAGCAGGCAGACAUAUCAUGCUACACAUUCGUUGGAUUCUCGACAUCCUACCGCGUAUUCACGUUACCUGACCGCCGCGACCCUGCAAAGCACGAUCUUGCUCUCCUCCAACACGAUAAUUCAGACAUGGACGCGAUACUCGGCCGAUGGAACUCGGAGACUAACGAUGUCUACAACGACAUUGUCAGAACUCCCCUUGAGCUGCCUAGCAGGGAGCGCAUCUCACAGUUCCUGAUAAUACCAACCCAUCAAGGAGCCGGACAUGGCGCUAGACUUUACAACACCGUCUUCGAAAGUCUCAUCACUCCCGAUAACAUCUGCGAGUUAACAGUCGAAGAUCCCAACGAGGCUUUUGAUGACAUGCGUGAUGUUUGCGACUUGCUCUGGCUUCGCAACAAAAUCGAUGAUUUCGCGGCCUUGAAGAUCGACACGAAGAUUGACAGCGCGAAGCUCAAGAUGAACGAGAACAUUCCAGUGGACGACAUCGUUUCAGGCGAUGCAAAGGCUCGCAUCAAGAAGGCUAGCAAGAUCAUGCCACGUCAACUAGGAAGACUGAUCGAGAUGGAGACAUACUCAAAGAUACCCAAACUGAACCGCUCGGUAAAACGAAUCUCAAGAAAGGAGAAGAGCACCAACGAGAUGGAUCGUGCCUACUACUUCUGGCGACUGUAUGUCAAACAGCGCCUCUACAUCUCUAACCGCGACACACUCUCACAACUGGACNNCCCCGAAGAGCGUGUAGAGAGACUGGAAGCAACCAUUGAAAACAUCCAAGCAGACUACGAUCGCCUCCUCGAGCUUGCAAGAAAGCGCGAUCCUUUGGCCGACAGUCAUACAGCAAGCAGCAACGGCAGUUCCAAACGCAAGAAGAAGGCCAUUAUCGAAUCGGACGAGGACGAAGAUGGCGCCGACGCCAGCGACCUGGCACCCACAUCCUCAAAGAAGAAGAGAAAGACUGCCUAG